ACACUGUGUUUGGGUCGGUUGGGUUUGCUCUCGAGUUAUACUGUCACAGAUUCUAACCUCUCAGACUGAAAAGAAUAUUUUUGUAAACAGAACCUCGAUUAAAAACGGAAUGGUCUUCGUCAGUGUGUAUCCUCUGCUUAAGGAAUUUAAACGAAUACCCAAUAAGUUCAAAGGACAACUGAUCGACACAUUACGCCUAUCAGUUAAAGCGGGACACGGUGGUAAUGGAUUCCCGAAGUAUGGCGGCGUUGGUGGACAAGGUGGAUGUGUUUAUUGUGUGGCCAAAGAAGAUCUUACUCUGGCGAAAGUACUGAAAAGAUACCCAACCAAACAAAUAAGAGCCGGACAUGGAGAAGAUAGUUGCAAAGCACGUUUGCUUGGACGUCGUGGUAUGGAUAUACGUGUUGAGGUUCCGGUGGGGGUAACAAUAUUAGAUGAUGAUGGGAAGAAGCUUGGAGAACUGAACGAUGAUUCGUCUCAUUGCAUUGUUGCUAGAGGCGGUGGUGGAGGAUGUACAGGAACAUCGUUUAUAGGCCGCAAAGGGGAACAACAUAGCAUUAAAUUAGAUUUGAAAUUGAUUGCCGAUGUCGGACUGGUUGGAUUUCCCAAUGCUGGUAAAAGUACGCUGCUCAAGGCAAUAUCAAAUGCACGGCCCAAAAUUGCCGAUUAUCCGUUUACAACAAUUCGACCCCAAAUCGGAAUAAUUGAUUAUCCCGAUUUGCGACAGAUUUCGAUGGCUGACUUACCGGGACUGAUUGAAGGCGCACACACGAACAUAGGAAUGGGACACAAAUUUCUCAAACACAUCGAACGCACACGUUUGCUCGUUAUGGUUGUCGAUAUGUUCGGUUUCAAGCUCAGCCCGUCACACCCACACCGCAGCAGUAUUGAAAACGUUUUCGCUCUGAACAAAGAACUGGAGCUGUACGACGAAAGUCUGUUCGAGAAGCCGUGCAUAUUGCUGCUGAACAAAAUGGAUUUGAGUACAAACAAAGCAGACGUUACGGAAUUGAUUGCCAAGGUGAACAAUCUGAAAGAUUGUUCGGAUGCUGAGUGUCCGACUGAUCUAGCCUCCAAAAAUUACAUCAAAUUUGAGCGGAUCAUUCCAAUAUCGGCGAAAGACAAUGAUAAUGUCACGAGCGUUAAAACGGCGAUACGGGACGUUUUAGAUGAUUACGCCGAGCGACAGUUGAUGAUCGACGACAGAUUAAGCCGACUCUUGAAUGAACAGUCGCAAAGUAAAAUUGUGUAGAGUUGAAUGACUACAGUGGGUCCAACCAGCUAG